AUGGAAGAUUCCGAAACGCAAACGCUCGACAACGAGGUCACCGACCGUACCCCCCUCCUCCCCUCUGACCGUCGUUACCUCGAGACUCUGCGUUCGUCGCGGGACUUCAUCGCCUGCCACAUCCUUAAGAUCCACGGCGAGGACUCCUCUAUCUGGAAAUUGCGCACCAGUCUCCAGCGUUUCUUUUCCUCCAAAUGGGGCCACUACUUUGUCAUUGCCCUCGUCACGGUCGACAUCUCUUGUAUCUUUGCAGACUUCAUCAUUUCGCUUCACGUGUGCGAGCAUGGGGGCGACAAGGACUUCCCUUUCGAGUUCUGGGAACUCGUCAACUCUGUCUUGGGCUACGUCAGCCUUGUGUUCUCGUGCCUUUUCAUGGCUGAAUUGUUAGGUUGCAUCUUCGCCUUUGGUCUUGGGUAUUUCAAGUCGAAAUUCCAUAUCUUCGAUUCCGUCGUAAUCGUCGCAGGCUUUAUAGUCGACGUCCUUCUGAGGGGCCCGGUCGAAGAAGCAGGUUCGCUCAUUGUCAUCGGUCGACUGUGGCGCGUGUUCAAGAUUAUCGAGGAGUUCUCCUCUGGCGCCCAGGGCGAACUUGAAGAGAUGUACGAACGGAUCCAACAGUUGGAGGAGAAGAACGAUCAACUCAGCAAAGAGAAUCAACAGUUGCGAUUUCGAGGCGACCGUUCUUCUGACCCAUGA